UCAUGAUCACGAGCUUAUGACACCAAUUUAUGCAAAUUUUAUCUAACAUUGAACAAACAUUUGUGUCGAAAACAUUGAGUAGAUAAGUUGAUUUAUGUAAAUCGUGCUAAACCAAAUAAUUACUGCGACAUGUAUGGUGUUUUAUUGGAAAGUGUUCAAUACUUUAUAGAGGUUGAAUAUGGAAAAGACGUGUGGGAAGAAAUCAGAAAACUUGCUGAGGUUAGUCAAACCAUGUUCCACACCCACCAAAUGUAUCCGGACACAAUUAUGCCAUCUCUUGCAAAGGCAGGAGCUCAAAUAACGGGUUCGUCAUAUGAUUCGUUCAUGCAUUUCUUCGGAAAAUGUUUUGUACGAUAUUAUACUAAUUUGGGGUAUGACAUUACUAUAAAGGCAACUGGCAGAUAUUUAACAGAUUUUUUAGAGAGCAUAGAUAAUAUACAUUCACAAUUUUGUUACACUUAUCCUAAGAUGCACAGCCCUUCAUUUUAUUUAUCUGCCAUCGACUCUGAAGGGUGUGUCCUCGUAUACAGAAGCAAUAGACCAGGAUUCGCUCAAUAUGUUAUGGGGCAACUUCAGCAAAUCGCGAAAGAUUUUUACGAUAUAAAUUUAAAAAUAAAAAUAAUCGAGAAAGCCACUUCAGCAAGUGGACUAAAAUCGAAAGUUAUUGUGAAUUAUAGAUUAGAUUUUGAUAACAGUGGUUAUAUGUCUCAGAAAGCCCAGCAAAUGUCCGGCCACAAUGAGUGUCGACUCAAACCAUUCGAGUGUUCGUUACUCCUGGAUCUAUUUCCAUUCGGUAUAAUGCUGAAUAAAGGAAUGCAAAUAAUAGGAGGUGGCGAAAAGUUAGUCGAAAUCUGGAAGAACUCUGAUAGCUUCCUUAAUCAACCAGUUACAAAGUACUUCAAACUACGAAGACCGAAAGGAAUUGCAUUCACAUGGAAAAAUAUUAUCCAUUUGAGAACUGCCGUGUUUGAACUGGAAUGUAAUCGUGGUUGUGGUGAUUUUACUGAUUUUGAAUGCUCCGACGACUCUAAGCAUAUUUUAUUCAAAGGGGAGAUGAAGUAUCUUAAGGAUGCGGACUCUAUAAUUUUCCUUUCCAGCCCCGUAAUAAAUGAUCUUGACGAAUUGCCUAUUCAGGGCCUGUAUCUCAACGAUUUAAAUCAACAUGGUCUCAGCAAAGAAAUGGUUCUUGCAGGAUGGCAGCAUAAUUCAAAAUUGGAAGUGAUGUUUGAUCAAGCUGAACACAAGUCUGAAGAAUUGGAAAACAGCUACGAACUACUUGACAUGUGGAAAAGAAAAAGUGACUCUCUUCUGUAUUCAAUGAUACCAAAAACUGUUGCCGACCGUUUAAGAUCUGGAAAUUCACAUUUGAGCACAUGUGAGUAUUUUGAAGGGGUCUCGAUAUUAUUUUGCGAAUUGGUCGGAUUAUCCGCUGGGUCGGUGCAGGAAACUAUGAACGUUGUAACCAUAAUGAAUACAGUAUUCUCUUGUUUUGAUGGAUUGAUGGAUGAAUGUCAAGUUUACAAGGUAGAAACAGUGGGUCAAAUAUACAUGGUUUCUAGUGGGGCACCCGAGAGAACUGACCUCCAUGCUCAAAAUAUAGCAAAUGUCGCAUUAAAAAUGAUUGACAGAGUGAAGAAAAUUAAAGGGCCCUCUGGAGAGGAUGUAGAAAUUCGAAUAGGGAUCCACUCCGGACCUGCCGUCGCUGGAGUUGUCGGACUUAAAGUGCCCAGAUACUGUUUCUUCGGUGACACGGUCAACACUGCUUCCAGAAUGCAAUCCACCAGCUUACCUGGAAAAAUCAAUAUAACCGAAGGGACCAGAGACUUAUUGCCUUCAGAAAAAUACGUCACAGAAAGUCGUGGAAUUGUAAAAGUAAAAGGAAAAGGAGAAAUGAACACUUUCUGGCUUUUGCAGAACACUGAUUUAUCUUAUUGAAUUAGCUUUAAAUGUUGUAUGGAAUUCGAUGUGAAAUAAAAACUUAUAAUUAAUAA